CUGUAAAGUUUCGAAUUUCAUCACAAGAAGCCAUAGAGAGAUGAAGAGUGGGAGGCCCGUCGUCUUGGAGGAGGAGGAACGGGAGAAGGUUAUUAGCCUUCGAGCAAAUGAGUUUGAUCCAGGGAUGCCGCCACCAUUUAGGCUUGCGGAGAUCCGCGCGGCGAUACCUAAACACUGCUGGGUGAAGAAUCCAUGGCGGUCGAUGAGCUACGUAGGUCGGGACGUCGCCGUCGUCUUCGGCCUUGUGGCCGCCGCUGCUUAUAUCAACUGCUGGAUUGUUUGGCCUCUAUAUUGGGCCGCACAGGGGACGAUGUUCUGGGCACUCUUCGUUCUUGGUCAUGACUGUGGGCAUGGAAGCUUUUCGGAUUGUCACAGACUGAACAGUGUGGUUGGCCAUCUCCUCCAUUCCUCCAUUCUUGUGCCCUAUCAUGGAUGGAGAAUAAGCCACAGAACUCAUCAUCAGAACCACGGCAAUGUGGACAAGGACGAAUCUUGGCACCCUCUGUCUGAAAGUGUUUAUAGGAGCUUGGAUACAACAACUAGGAAUCUUAGGUUCACAUUUCCUUUCCCAAUGCUCGCCUUUCCCUUUUAUUUGUGGAGGCGAAGUCCAGGAAAGAGUGGGUCACACUUCAACCCAGAGAGUGAUUUGUUUGGUCAGAAUGACAGGAUAGAUGUCAUCACUUCUACAGCUUGUUGGAUGGCAAUGGCUGCUUUGUUAGCUGGAUUAACUUUGAUUAUGGGUCCUCUGCAAUUGCUCAAGCUCUAUGCAAUUCCCUACUUGAUAUUUGUUAUGUGGCUGGACUUGGUAACUUAUUUACAUCACCAUGGACAUGAUGAAAAGCUUCCCUGGUACCGUGGGAAGGAAUGGAGCUAUCUUCGAGGAGGCUUGACGACACUUGAUCGUGACUAUGGAUGGAUCAACAACAUCCACCAUGACAUUGGUACUCAUGUGAUUCACCACCUCUUCCCACAAAUACCACAUUACAAUCUUCUAGAGGCUACUGAGGCAGCUAAGCCAGUCCUUGGAAAAUACUACAGAGAACCAGAGAAAUCUGCACCUUUACCUUUUCACCUGCUUGGAACUCUGUUUAAGAGCUUGAGGCGUGAUCACUAUGUACGGGAUAGUGGAGACGUUCUGUACUAUGAGAAAGAUUCUGAAUUGUGAUUCAUUGAAGAAGUGGACAUGAGUCUCUCCAGCAAGAUUACUCGAUAGAUAUUUUCAGAAAAAAUAAAAAUUUAAUCUCAUAUUUGUUGUUGCACUUUCGAUCAAGAAGACGGUGUAGCUCGAACGCACUGAAUAAGAUGAAUAAAUUAUUAAUAAUACAGCUUUUUAUUUUAUUUA